GUGGAUCUGAUGAAUAGUGCAGACAGACGUAUGCUUUGCGAGGCAGGGAACUGCCUGAUGAACGGAGACAAUACCGCGUGCAACUCGUUAGACGUAUCAGAUGAGGAAAUUACGUUCGAUGCUUGCAGACGCAGAAGAUCGUACUCUCUAUCCCAGCCACCGGUGCCUUGGUUUGGCAUAGACAUCGGAGGCACACUAGUAAAGAUCGUAUACUUCGAAAUUACCGACGGUGCAUUGACCGAGACGGGGAGCGCAGAGUCAGUGGUGGCACAGACCAUUCGUCGAUAUCUUACGGGCAACGUAGCGUAUGGAUCAACGGGAUUUAGGGACGCUCAUCUACAGCUUGAAAAUCAAACUAUUAACGGAAGAACAGGUACCCUUCAUUUCAUCCGCUUUCCAACGUCGGACAUGCCGGCAUUCUUGAACCUAGCUGAAAAGAAGGGUUUUGCAUCAUGCUCGAGCACAGUUUGUGCCACCGGGGGUGGUGCCUAUCUUUAUGAAAAUGUCGCAGAAGAAAGACUUAAUCUUAGAUUUCACAAAUUCGACGAGUUGCAUUCGUUGAUCACCGGCAUUCGGUACAUCGUCGACCACAACCCGACCGAAUGCUACUACUACGAAAAUCCUCUCGAUGAGUCGACAUGUCGACGGGCGGUGUUUCUCCGCAGCUUAGGACCGCGUUUCCUUGUCGUAAAUAUUGGCUCUGGUGUGUCGGUUCUCGCGGUCGAUGGCCCCGACAAGUUCCGUCGAGUCACUGGCACCAGUUUAGGCGGCGGAAUGUUCUUUGGUCUGUGUUGUUUGCUGACCGGUUGUGAAACUUUUGAAGAGGCGAUAAAGUUGUCACAGAAGGGCGACAAUCUUAAAGUGGACAAACUGGUGCGUGACAUUUACGGUGGAGACUACAGUCUUUUUAAUCUUAAAGGUGACACAGUAGCAUCCAGCUUCGGCAACAUGAUUCAUCCAGACAAAAGAGCAACGGCUACAAAAGAGGACCUCGCUCGUUCUGCGUUGGUUACAGUAACGUCCAACAUAACAAGCAUCGCAUACAUGUGUGCCAAAAAUGAGGUCCUUAUUUUGUAUUUACAGGGUUACUUUGGCGCCGUUGGUUGUCUCAUGAAUUUGAUGUGCCUUAGUGAAACUAAAAGGGCGAAGAGUUUGCAGUAA